AUGCUUAAAAGAUUCAACCUUGAAAAUGCAAAAUAUGCUAAAACACCUAUGAGCUCUACCCUUAAACUGUCUGAGGAUGUAAAUGGGAAAAUGGUAGAUAACAAAGUGUUUAAAAGCAUGAUAGGAAGCUUGUUGUAUUUAACUGCAAGUAGGCUUGACUUAUGUUUCAGUGUAGGUGUUUGUGCAAUGUUUCAAGCUGAUCCUACUGAACUUCAUUUUACUGUUAUGAAGAGAAUCAUGAAAUAUGUCUCAGGUACAUAUGACUUUGGAUUGUGGUUUGCAUAUGGCACUAACCCUACCUUGGUUGGCUUUAGUGAUGCAGAUUGGACUGGAAGCUUGGAUGACAAGAAGAGUACAUCUGGAGGAUGGUUUUACCUUGGAAACAAAUUGGUGACUUGGUACAGCAAGAAUAGAACUCCAUUUCAAUCUCAACUAUAG